CGUAUCAAGCAAUCAAUCGUUUCGCAAUAAUGAUUUUGUUUGCCGUAGUUUUCAUUAUAUCCGGCGCAACUGUUUGUGUUCACGCCCUGCCGCCGGAUGAGCAACAUCUACUUCGUCCUUGGUGGAAUGGAAGAUUUCCGUCCAGCGGUCGCAUAGUUGGAGGAUACGAUGUCAAUAUAACCGAUGUUCCUUUUCAAGUCUCGCUAAACUAUGGCUGGGGUCACACCUGUGGAGGAUCGAUCAUCAGUAGCCGGUGGGUUUUGACCGCAGCUCAUUGCAUCAACUCCGGCAGUUUGACGGUUCGCGUAGGCUCUAGUCGGCAUGCUCAAGGUGGGCGGCUGGUUAAGGUUGCUAGAAAAGAAAAACAUCAAAAGUACAAUUCCAACACCAUUGAUUACGAUUUUGCCCUUCUUGAACUGAGUGAAGACUUGGAGCUGACUGAUGAGAUCUAUCCGGUCGACCUACCAGAACAGGACGAACCAGUUACCGAUGGUGCUUGCCUGCAGGUUUCCGGCUGGGGUAAUACUCAAAACGCGAUGAGGAUUAGCAAAACUUUAAGAGCCGCCAAUGUACCGGCUGUCAAUCUGGAGCAGUGUGCCAAAUCGUACGCUUCUUUUGGGACAAUAACACCCCGUAUGCUUUGUGCCGGCUUCGAGGAAGGAGGAAAAGACGCCUGCCAGGGUGAUUCCGGUGGUCCGCUGGUAGCGGGAGGAACCCUAGUCGGUGUGGUGUCUUGGGGGCUAGGAUGCGCUCGGCCAGGGUAUCCGGGAGUGUAUUCGCGCGUAGGUGCGGUUCGUGACUGGGUGCGUGAAGUAAGUGGUGUGUGAAUAGAUAAUAGCAAACUCUUCUUGACGUCGUGAAGGUUAAUAGGAUAACCAGUCCGAAUUACGUCGAUUGUCUCGGAAGAAUAACUUAAUUUUAUAUUUGACCACCGCGCUAUUCGAUAAUCUGUGCAACAAGGAACAAAGAGUAGAACCCAGCGCGAUUGUAGGCUUAAAACAAAUUUACGUGUGCCUACGUAAAUAUUUUCGAUACAUUUUACAUAUACCGAAAUCAAAAGUGAGCUAUGAAGAAGAAAACAGGAACAGUUUAAUACUUAAUUCCGGUAUUUUUAGGGAAACAAAAAUAAAUAAUAAGCUUUAUGCAAACAAACAAAAAAUCGCAUUUGAAGUCCCUGA